GUCUCUCUAUCCUCUGGAGGAGUUGUGUUAGUUCCCUUUCUAAGGUUUCCAUGGAGAUGGGGGAAGCUUUAACUAAAGAACAAAUGGAUGAGCUUAGAGAAGCUUUUCUUUUGUUUGAUAAAAACAGAGAUGGUUGCAUCACACUCGAUGAACUUAGAACAGAGAUCAAAAGAUUGGGUCAAAAUCCCACGGAGGAAGAGCUGAAGGACAUGAUCAGAGAAGUCGAUGCCGAUGGCAAUGGAACCAUCGAGUUCUGGGAGUUUCAGAUAUUGAUGUCCAACAUCAUGAAGGAAGAAACAGAGCAGAAGCUCAAAGAUGCCUUCAAGGUGUUUGAUAAAAAUCAAGAUGGGUAUAUAUCAGCAAAUGAGUUGAGGCAUGUUCAUCUGAUGCUGAAUCUGGGGGAGAAGUUAACAGAUAAGGAAGUUCUUGAGAUUAUCGGAGAGGCUGAUUUGAAUGGUGAUGGCCAAGUCGAUUACCCUGAGUUCGUCAAGAUCAUGACUGAACAUGCCUCAGAAAUCCUAUCAAAGCGAGGCUUUUUCUAAUGAUAAUAUGAUAACCAAAGAAAGAAAGGUAACCCUUGUUUGAUUUGUAUAUUAGUAUUUGAGAUCAUGUCAAUUUGGAAGCUAUAGGAGUUUAUGGUUUAAAUACAAAGAAAUGAUAUUGAUGUAUGGUUUGGAAGCUAAAGAAAGCAAAAAGAGCUUAUAUUAUAUGAUGUGCUGAAUUAGCUGAGCAUUCUUGGUUGAAUUUAGAAGACAGGAUGAUGAGAAUUUUGAGGUAUUUUUAGAAAUUUCUUCGAUGUCGAUGUUAAUACGUGUCUUUUUGCUACUCGAGCUCGAGAGCGGGUUGUGUGUGUGGUUGGUGUGUAAUCAUUCUUCCAAACAAAACUAGAAAGCUUGA